GUUGCACGUGCAUUCGCGGAGCUGCGAGAGCUCGUUGCGCGCGCGAGAGCGAGCGCUUGCAAAAGGAAAGCUUGCGAUAUUGUCGUCACCGGGAAUAGCAAAAACCGUGUUUCCUAACAUUCAAGACGGUUUUCCGUCUCUCUUCCCAGACUUUCAACAUUUUUUUUCUGUAACUCAUUCCUUUCAAUCUCUUCAUCGUCAGAUUUUUCUUUCACCUUUCUUUAAAUUUUUCAACGUCUUUUGUAAACGAUCGUUCACGUUUUUGUCGUAUUUUAUCUACAGUUGUAACGUCAAAAAUUUAAACGUGCUUCAAAAAGUUUGCUGAGAUCGACAGGUUUCGACCAAGCCUUUCGUGGAGAUCAAGAGCUAUCAGCCAAAGACGAAGAUUUCAACAAGCUUCAGAGAAGGCGGUAAAAUGACUAUGGAUGGGAGCAAGAGCGAGCCGGGCAAGAACGGAGCUACUCAACAAGAAUGCGCGGGUUGUGGAAAGGCGAUUACGGAGAGAUAUCUGCUGAAAGCGCUGGACAUGUACUGGCACGAGGACUGUUUGAAGUGCGGAUGCUGCGAUUGCAGACUUGGCGAAGUCGGUUCGACGCUCUACACCAAAGCUAAUCUUAUUCUUUGCAAGAGAGACUAUCUGCGACUUUUUGGAAACACCGGCCACUGCGCGGCAUGCAGCAAAGUCAUUCCAGCAUUCGAGAUGGUGAUGCGCGCGAGAACUAACGUUUAUCAUUUGGAAUGCUUUGCUUGUCAGCAAUGCAAUCAUAGAUUUUGCGUGGGCGACAGAUUUUAUCUAUGCGACAAUAAGAUACUGUGUGAAUACGACUACGAAGAGAGGCUUGUUUUUGCCAACAUGGCUCUGCAUCCUCCGCCUAGCGCGACCUUGGCGCACAUCAAGAGACAAGUGACUCAUCUUCAACCGCAGAACGUAGCUGCGGGUGGUCCUCAACGUCAGGCAAACGGGGAGACGGCUCAUAACCACAACGGAUAUCCAGCGCCAGCCAGCUCGAGCGCCCAUAACGUCCUGAACCCUAUGAAUAAUUUAAACGGUAUCAAUGCGCAAGCAUCGUACGAUGCCAAAUGACAAACCAAGUAAGCGCCGAUAUAUCGAUUGAGUCGCGCGCGAAGGGCGAUUCGUGGAAUCAGUCGCGUCGCUCUCAUCCUUCAUCUUUCGUUUUUCGUUCAGCCUUGCCAUGCUGAUCAGUACGGAUCAGUGGCACGUGACUUUCACGCGGCAAAUCGAAUAUUCGUGUGUGUAUAAUCGAAUAAUUUUCGAACUAUUAAAAAGUAUCGCUGAGUUAUCGAAAUUUCGAUCGAUCGCAGAACAAAUCGUUACCGCGUAUGGAUACAAUGUAUUAUAAUAUAUUAUUCGUAUAUUAUAAGACGGCUUGCUUUGUCAUGAUUGAUGAUUGACGAACUUAAAGUUUGGUUUGUGUAAAUAAAUGAUUAUUAUCUAAUUAUAGGAUACAGCGAAGCAAUGUGCGCAGAACGCGAGACUAUAUUUAAACUAUUAAAAUAUCAACAGUUUGAUUUUAUUAUUUUCAUUUAUUCACAUUAUCCUUUAUCUAAACAACGCUCCAUAUUUGUACGUUUGAUUAAUUCCAGUAAAAUAAUUUAGAUACUCUCAAAUUUCUUUAUAGUGUUAUAGAUGUGAUUUAUUUAAAUAUUGCCGAAGUAUAUGCAGAAAUAAUAUAUUUUUUGUACUUUUUAAUUUGGUUUUUAAACUUUCUUGGCAGUCAAUAUUAAAAGUGUUCUUAAGUAAGUAUUCAAAUUGCUUUGCUCUAUUCUAAAAAAUAUAUAUACAACGCUUCGGCGACAUGAUUAUAAGCGAAAUAAGCGGCGAACGAGAAUUUAGAUAUGUGUUUUGAUUAAUAAAACCAUAUCACGAUGUUUCGCGUCUCAAAAUAUAUGUCUAUAGGUAAUAAUAUUUCACAAACACUGAUGAUAAAUUGUAUAAAAUCAACCAUUUCUUCUACGCCGUAUGUUACAUGUCAGUUCGCAAUUGAGUAUUUUAUCAUUCCGUCUCUUUGAAUAGAUUUUCCGAUAUGAAUUAGAGAGAAAAAGAGAGAAUGUGCGGGAAGAAUAUUAAAAAGUUCAAAUUAACUUAAAUAUAUAUAAGUUUGAAAAAACACUUCUGUUUUUAUUUUUCAUUUAUUGUAAAUUAGAUUCAUAUAUCUGAAACAUUCAUAUAUCGAGAUAACUAGGGCGUCUUCCCCAUGCUCGACUGGCUAGACGAUAAAUAAAAUAGAUAAAUAGAUAAGUAGAUAGAUAUCGAAACAUAUAUUCGUCAACUAUGGCGAUAUAUUUGUGGUGCUCUUUAGAUUAUAAUUAAUCAAGUUUGUGCGACUUAUGUUAUAACUGCUAAUAUAAAUAGCAAAAAGGGACAAAAUACAAUACAAUUGAAAAAAAUCAGAAGAGAAACUUGUGUGCGUGUGUGUGUGUGUAGAAACUUACGGACUAAAAAAAUAUAUCGCGAUGUUUUUUUCCGGACUUUUGUUCACGCAUGUAUCGACUUGAAACUUUCGGCCGAUAUUCAAGAUAUCCUCAGCAGCCGCUGUCACAAGAAACCCGAAACUACAGAGAUGGUAAUAAAGUUUAGUGUCUCGCGUUUAAUGCUCACCGAGGACGACGGAAGGUACACAAGAUGACCCUCGGAGGGUCUUGCCGGACCAAGACCAAGUAUCGGACGAGAUCGAAUCGGCCAUGCAGAGCAACGCAAUUGCAGCAGCAGCAGCAGCAGCAAUAGCAACCGCUCGCCACUUCCCAUGGGGCUCAUAUGUUAGGGGUGACUUAAGCAUUGUUUCAACUUCGAAUCUCCGGGCAAAAGCCCAGAUUGAUGUCGCGAACUUUUCCGCUGCCUUAUUUGCGAGUCAGAUAACGAGGCUGAGUUAUGUCCAAAGUUUCUCUCGUUCUCUUUCUCUCUUGUUUUCUCUAGCCUCUAUGCCGAUCGUAUCGGAUCACGAAGGAAUACUCGCGUAUAGUCGGGAAAGAUAUUUUAUUUCCUCUUUCGACUCUUCGGAGAUUCAUCGUCGAUGCCAAAAGUACCUAUGUCAAACGAUAAUAGGAUAACAGCUGCGCCGGGCAACCGUUGAUGGUUAACCGUUAAGAAAGGCACGACUUUUACGUUUUUCCGGCCACGUUAAGUAUGAGAUAGCAUAAAAAAUCUUUGUUCUCUGCUCCGAUUGAUGGAGAGAGGCUAUCAUUAUUGUUGAUUAUUGAUGGAAAUAUUUAGGAUAUAGAUAUUCGAAUAUGUAUUCCACGAAGCUAGCUGGAAUUGAUUGUGAGCUCGUUGUUAAACAAUUUUGUUAACAAAUAAUUUUGUAAAUGUUUUUUACGUUAUGCAAUUUUAUGUGAUAUAAUAAUAUAAAUAUGUUGAAUUGACAGUAUUUUACUUUCUUGUACACAUAGCAUUUUAAAAGUAUUUUACU